UAAAACCGGCUCGGUUUCCCAGACCCGCCGACUUCCCAGCUCUGCCCCGCCGGACGGCCAUGCCAGCCCCGCGGGUGUGCGUGGACGACUUCGAGAGGGAGGCCAGCGCCGUGCUCCCCAAAGCCGUGUACGACUACUACCGCUCGGGGGCCGACGGCCAGAGCACCCUGGCCGACAACGUGGCCGCCUACGACAGGUGGAGUCUGAUUCCCCGGGUGCUGAGGGACGUGUCCACGGUGGACAUGUCCGUGUCCGUGCUGGGCCAGGAGCUGAGCAUGCCCAUCUGUGUGGCGGCCACCGCAAUGCAGAGGAUGGCUCAUCCUGCCGGGGAGACGGCCACGGCAAGAGCAUGCAAAGCGGCGGGGACGGGGAUGAUGCUGAGCUCCUGGGCCACCUCCACCAUAGAGGAGGUGAUGUCGGCCAUGACGCUGUCCCCGGGCCGGGGGGGGGUCCUCUGGCUGCAGCUCUACAUCUACAAAGACCGGGAGCUCACGCUGGCGCUGGUGCGGCGGGCCGAGCAGGCGGGCUACAGGGCCGUCUUCGUCACCGUGGACACGCCCUACCUGGGCAGGAGGCUGGACGACGUGCGCAACCGCUUUAAAAUGCCCCCACACCUGAGGUGCCCCCCCCCAAAACCCAACACGGCCAUCAGCACGUUUCACCGGAAAGACGACAGGUCUUCAGAGGACUUCUCCACCAUCUUUACCGUCAUGUCCAACUUCUCCACGGCCUCCCUGGCCUUCUCUGAGGACGACUACGGCAGCGACAGCGGGCUGGCCGUCUACGUGGCCAACGCCAUCGACCCCGCCCUCAGCUGGGACGACAUCACCUGGCUGAGGAAGCACACCAGCCUGCCUCUGGUUGUUAAGGGCGUGCUGAGCGGGGAAGAUGCCGUCCAGGCGGUGAACCACGGCGUGAGCGGUAUCCUGGUGUCCAAUCACGGAGCUCGGCAACUGGAUGGAGUUCCUGCCACGCUGGACGUGCUGGAGGAGGUGGUGGGGGCGGUGCGCGGCCGCUGCCACGUCUUCCUGGACGGGGGGGUGAGGCGGGGCACCGACGUGCUGAAGGCGCUGGCUCUGGGGGCCAGGGCGGUGUUCGUGGGCCGGCCGGUGCUGUGGGGCCUGGCCUGCCAGGGGGAAGAAGGGGUUGGCGAGCUCCUGGGGCUGUUGAAGGAGGAGCUGCGUCUGGCCAUGGCCCUCUCAGGUUGUCGUUCCCUCUCUGAGGUGAGUAGGUCCCUGGUCCGGAGAGUGGACUUCAGCUCCAGGAUGUAAAAGAAGAGGACAGGACGACACAUACUUGUCGAAUCAAUAAAUGCACACAUGCUGUCGUUUUUUGUUUUGUUUUUUUGAUUGUGAAUUAAAUCCGAACACUAGAGA